AAUGCCGAGUCCUGUAGAUCAAACGAAUGAUGGUAGCAGUGAAAACACGAGUGGUAAUAAUACAGUAAUCAAUGUCAAUAGUAGUGGAGCUGUGUAUAUAAGAUGGGGUAGAGAUGUUUGUGUUGAUGGAUCAGAACUGGUUUAUGCUGGUAUUGCAGCAGGAGCUCACUACACACAUCCAGGAAGUGGAUCUAACUAUCUGUGUUUGCCACCUGACCCUAUUUAUGAUGAACAUCAGUCUGGUGGAACUCGUGGUCUGCUGUACUCUGCCGAAUAUCAGACAAUAAACGCCAUCGGUCGUCUCCAGGGUAUCCACGACCAUACACCAAAAUGUGCAGUCUGCAGGGCGCCCUCAGGACGAUCUACCAAAUUGAUGAUCCCUGCGCGGAACAAGUGCCCUUCUGACGAGUGGCGCCUGGAGUAUAGUGGUUACCUCAUGUCAGAUUCUUUUGGUCACGCACGUACUGAGUUCGUUUGUUUCGAUCGUGACAUGGAAGCAGUGCCUGGUACAGCUGGAAACGAAGAUGGGGCUCUCUUUUACAUGGUAACAGCUUCAUGUGUGGCUGGAAGUGGGCUUUGUGGACCCUAUAUUGACGGUCAGGAACUCACUUGCGCUGUGUGUACGAUUUAGAAUUUGUUAAGAUCGAGUGAUAUAGUGCAUACCUUGAAUUAUAUCCGUGUAGUGUAGCUCAUCUAUUAAAACAUUCAGUCGACAAAGGAAUUCCCGAAGAAAUGUGUCAAAUUCGAUCAGUACUUAGUUGCACCCACCUUUUAUUUUUCCAGUGUACCAAUGACAGAUAAUUUUCAGAAACCUUAACGUGUUGGGGUUUUAGGUUUGUUAACCUGUAUACAGCGAGGAAGAAUAUUGCCCACCCCGACCCCCUACUUCUCCAGUGUUCUCGAUGGCAAAUUCUAUAUGUUUUGGCAUAAAUAUAUAAAUACAUAAUACAUAA